UGGAACGUCAUUACAAAUAGAACACCGCCCAUUCUCCUUGGACUUUCUUAGAAAUAGACCUACUGUACAGUACAUAGUAAGCAGGCGCAUACAAAGGCAGUACACCCCUCACUGGAAGCCCUUUCGGCUUCGAUAGUAGCGGAAACACUUGGGCUCGCUGCGACAUCACCCUUGUCAUCUAGCCAAUAUGAACUCGCUGAAACGACACGUUGCCGACCUUCGAUUCACAAACUCCUUCACGAGAGAUCUUGUCAAAGACGCCAGGACCCCUGGGGAACCCUUCGUCCGCCCCACCGUCCGAAAUCCACUGAGCAGUGCCCCACGGCAGGUGCCAAAUGCGCACUUCUCGUACGUGCAGCCUGAAACAACUCCGGACCCUGUCCUGCUCUCUGUCAGCGAACCAUGCGCUCAACUGCUUGACCUGGACGUGCCCGGGAUAUUGAAGGACCCAGAAGCGAAAAAAGAGUUUCUCGGGUUUGUUAGUGGGAACGAACUUCCAAAGACGACCAACUCUUGGUCGAUGUGCUAUGGAGGGCACCAGUUUGGAGUUUGGGCCAGUCAGUUGGGUGACGGCCGAGCGAUAACGCUUGGCGAAAUCGCGAACAGUCGAAACGAAAAGUGGGAGUUACAGCUCAAAGGGGCUGGUAUGACCCCGUACUCAAGGUUUGCCGACGGUUACGCGGUCUUACGGUCUUCAAUCCGAGAGUAUCUGUGUUCGGAGGCAAUGCAUCACCUCGGAGUUCCAACGACACGCGCGCUCUCGCUUGUCGGGUCAACGCGCUUGGUACAGAGGGAAAAGGAGGAGACAGGUGCCGUCGUUCUUCGGCUUGCGCCCACCUGGGUGCGCUUCGGCAAUUUCGAGAUCUUCAUUGCCCGCGGCGAUGUGGAGAACAUGAAGCGCCUAGCCGACUGGGUGAUCAAGAACCACUACCCUGAAUGCGAUGCCCUCACAAACACCAAGUACUCGCAGUGGUUGCGGGAAGUCGUCCGCCGCACGGCCAUCAUGAUUGCGGGCUGGCAAUCGGUGGGAUUCUGCCAUGGUGUUAUGAACACGGACAACAUGUCGAUUCUCGGUCUCACGCUGGAUUACGGACCGUUCCAAUUUCUGGACAAGUACGACGCUGAGUACAUCUGCAACCAUUCCGACAAUGGCGGGCGCUACAGCUUCGACAACCAACCGGGCAUCGGCCUCUGGAACCUGACACGGCUAGCAUCCUCCGUUAGUCCACUCAUCGUCGAGGAAGUCGGAGGAGGGAAAGAGGACGCCGAAAAGCUGCUCCGAGAGAUCCUGGCCGACUACUCGGUGCAUUUCCACACUCGGUACCGCGAGCUCAUGGGCAAAAAGCUGGGCUUCCUUGAAAAUCGAGAAGACGAUCUAGAGAAAAUCGUCACCCCGCUGAUGGAAGUCCUCGGCAAAGAGAACCCCGACCACACAAAGUUCUUCCGCCAACUGAGCACCGACUUUGCACUGGCGCCCUCCUCCACACAACCCCCACUGGCAUCCCCACUGGAGUCGUGGUAUGCCCUCUACCGCGCCCGUCUCCUCUCCGAACUCCCCAUCCCAUCCGACGACGCCGCGUUAGCAAAAGCCGACAAAGAGCGCGUCGCACGCAUGAAAGCAGCCAACCCGAAGUACAUCCUCCGCAACCAUCUCGCCCAACGCGUCAUUGAAGAAGCCGAGGCGGGCAAGUUUGAAGGGGUGAAUGAACUGUUGAGCGUCUUGCAACGCCCGUUUGAGGAUGGGACGCCUGAGGAGGAAAAGAAGUGGGCGGGGGAGGUGCCGGGGUGGGCGGAGAUGUUGAAGUGUAGUUGUUCAUCUUAGUUUUUGGGUUGAGGUGGUAGGGCACGAGUGCGUUGUAAUGUCGGGCUGGUGGCAUAGGAUUAAGUAGCUGUUGGUCUUCUUCAGCUGUUUCUUUUUGGUCUAUCGUUUGUCGUUUGAUGAAGAUUCCAUAUCUGUAACGCGAUUUUUGUAAUAUACAGUACAACUCUGAUGCACUUAUGAAUGUGG